AUGGAAGACCACUCGCCCGACCACGACCAUGGCGACGACCACGCCUUCGACGAACAACCCAAACCACGCGAACUGCCUGCCGACCUGCCUCGCUCACUUGACGACCGGAAGACUUUCUCUGCUUACGGCAAUGUCGAGACCGAGUACUAUGAUGCCUGGCAAGGUAUCUACCCAUCCGAUCUGCUUGUACCACCACCCGAACCGCUGACCAACUUGCCCAACANNGGCCAGUCUCAGUUCCUUACCGCUCCCACCAUUGCCCACUCGAACAGCUUCAACCUCUCCCUAAACGAACCCGACAACUUCGAUCCCGAAGAACACGACUUGGCUGAACACGACAGCAGGCUGGCCCACAUGUUGGCAACCCAGGUCCGGAGCAACGACGACGACAACGACAUUGAAGAUACAGAGGAAAACGUCGUCAACGACAAGAACCUAUCCGAUGCCGAANAGAGACAAAUGCUCCAGGACUUUCUCUUCAUGGCUGCCAGCAAUGGUGACGUUGGUCGCAUCAAGCGUCUGGUCAGAGGGAGUCCUGCCGUAUACAUCGAUGCGAAUGCCGUCGAUUCUGAAGGUACUCCUCCCUUGGUCUACGCAAGUUGCUUCGGUCACAAAGAUGUCGUCAUGUCUCUACUCGAUGCUGGCGCUGAGGUCGACAAGCAAGAUAAAAACCAAUGGAGCGCUCUCAUGUGGGCCAUGACCAACCGACACAAGGACAUUGCAAAGAUUCUGUUGGAUCAUGGUGCUUCUACCGAAAUUCAGUCAUCUACAGGAAGGACUGCCCUCGAUUUUGUCGCCCCAAACAGCGACAUGUCAGAGUAUUUGAACGACAGUGGCUACACGAUAGGAAAUGCUGGUGUGACGGAUGACUUCUACAAUGCCGGUUUCUCUCAAGACCGCUUCGAGGAGGAAAUGGCCGAGAAUGAAAUGAAGCGACGCAUGAUGAUGGAAAGUGCCGCCAACCUAGAGGUUGAUCUAGGAAACCUUGGCCUGGACGAGCAACCCGAGUCUGCAGACGAAUUUGAGGACUCACAGGAAUUUGUUUGGGACAGGUGUCUUAACGACCAGAUGUUCGUCUUCCAGGAGAACGAUUCGGAUCGUAUUCUCAACAUUGUUGUUACCGAAAUGACUCCUCAACGAUCACCGUCUCAGAAGCCUAUACCUGCCAAUAUCAUCUUCCUCGGAGCGAGAUAUGCACACUAUCAUUCCAGCCAAGAAUUACUAACUGAGUGGCUCAACGCAGCUCAAGACAAAAUCUACGCGGUAGUAGAGAAGCAUCAAUGGGACAUGACUAUGCUUGCCUUCUGGAUGUCCAACACAACCCUCUUGUUGUAUUACCUAAAGAAGGAUACUGGACUGUCCGAAGUCACUUCAACAUUUCAAGCCAAGAUGGCAGAGCUGAUUCACGAAAUCUACGUCCUCAUCAUCCGCGAUGCCGAAAGACGAAUGGACAAAGUCCUAGACGAGGCCAUGCUAGAUCACGAAACCAUCCCAGGAUUCGAAGACAUUGCCUUCCAAAACGAGUGGAAAUUCCUACGGUCAAAACCCAAAGUGAAAGCGCCUGAACCGCUGGAAAAACGCUUCCGUCCCCCUUCGCCGAAGCGUCGCGCUCAGGUGUCUCCGCGAAACAUCACUUCUCUGCUUUCCUCCACGUUGUUUGUUCUCGAUCUUUACGACGUUCAUUCCGUCAUCACCACCCAAAUCAUUUCGCAACUGCUUUAUUGGCUCAGUGCCGAAAUCUUCAACCGCAUCAUGUCCAACAAGCGCUACCUCGCCAGGACAAAAGCAAUGCAGAUCCGCAUGAACAUAUCCCAACUGGAGGAUUGGGCAAGAACCAACAACAGAGCUCCCGAGCACUUUGAAAACGGCUCUCUGAACGCCACCGGCGAAAACAUUGUUGAAGCUGCGCGCAAGCACUUGGCUCCUGUAGUGCAGCUUUUGCAAUGGCUACAGUGUUUUUCGUCAUUGGGACAAGACGACGAAGCCCUGGAUACAACAUUGCAACAAUUGCCUGCACUAACCACAAAACAGCUGCUCCAUGCUGUAAAAUACUACCGCGCAGAGGUCGGCGAGAAAACGCUUCCCAAAGCAGCUCUCAAACAUGUGGAAGAAAGUAAACGCCACCUCGCCCACAAAGCUGCUGAAGAAACACCUUCUACAUCCACCCCAAACCCUGUCCCUGCCUCUGCCUCAGCCACAGCCCCAGCUCUCCCAUCCCAACCUCCCACUCUCAAAAAAGACGAAGACGACUCUCCCGAAGGAAAUCUCGUAGACCCUGCUUUGCUGUUGCCUUUCCACCUUCCCACCUCUACAGAUAUGCUGGUGACCUACGGCGCAGGCUUUGGAGGCGUGAACCGCGAACGCGAACGCAGGUACACACCCACCGUGCCCCCUGACUUUNUCCAAAAACUGGAUCCUUCUUCGGGUGCGAGUAAAAAUUUGUACGAGGAUGCAAAGUGGAGUGAUGAGGAUGUGGAUUUGGGGAGUUAG